AUGAAGUCGUCAGUCACUACAGCGACCCAGCAGCCCAAGCAGCCGGCCAAGAGGAGCUUGACCGUCAAGGGCGAGGCGCAGAAAACAGAGCAAACCGCCCCUCAGAACGAACACGACCACUUUUUCUGGACUUACACCGAAGAGCCGCACCGGACACGGCGACAGGCAAUUAUCAAGGCCCAUCCGGAAGUAACGAAACUCUGCGGACCAGAGCCCCUCACCAAAUAUGUCGUUGCAUUCGUCGUCUCCCUGCAGGUCUUCUGUGCAUACCUCCUCCGUGACAAGCCGUUUUUGUCAUGGUCGACUUUCCUCACCGCAUACAUAAUCGGCGCCACGGCGAACCAGAACCUCUUCCUUGCAAUCCACGAGAUCUCACACAACCUGGCCUUCAGGAGCCCGCUAGCGAACAGGGUCUUUGCCGUGUUUGCCAAUCUCCCAAUUGGAAUACCAUAUAGCGCGUCGUUCAGGCCAUAUCAUCUUACGCACCACAAAUCACUUGGCGUGAACGGCCUGGACACCGAUCUCCCCACCGCAUUCGAAGCCCUCUUUCUUGACUCGGUCGGCGGUAAAGCAUUCUUUUGCACCUUCCAGAUCCUCUUCUACGCCCUCCGGCCAAUGUUCGUCUACCAGCUCCCGCUGACCAAGAUCCACCUCUUCAACGUCGUCGCCCAGCUCGUCUUCGAUUACGCACUUGUACACAUUAUCGGCGGAAAGGCGCUCGGAUACAUGAUCUUGAGCAGCUUCUUGGCCGGCUCUCUACACCCAUGCGCAGGCCAUUUCAUCGCGGAGCAUUACGUCUUCGAGAAGCCCAACAAGGACGCCAUGAACGCAGCAAACAAGAUCCCAAUCCCGGAGACAUACUCCUACUAUGGCGUGCUCAACUUUUUCACGUACAACGUUGGACUGCACAACGAGCACCACGAUUUCCCUGCUGUGCCGUGGACGCGCCUCCCGAAGCUGAACAAGAUCGCGCACGAGUUUUACGAUGAUCUGCCCGUGCACAAGAGCUGGGUGAAUGUCAUUUGGCAGUUUAUCUGGGACAAGGAUGUCAGUCUGUGGUCUCGUGUAAAGAGAGAAGAGGGUGGAAGGAGGGUUGGUGGUGGCAGCGGAUGGAACGAGGAAGACCUGGGCCACAAUGAGAAGAAGGGACCCAUUCCUGGAGUCUUGUAG